AGGUAAUCUUGAUGUCUCAAAUUACUUUACUCAGUUAAAAGUUUUAUGGGAUGAAUUGGAAAAUUAUUGCCCUGUUCUUACUUGCUCAUGCGCUAUACCUUGUUCUUGUGGUGUUAUUGCUUCAAUUCGGAAGUAUCGUGAACAAGAUUGUGUAAUUCGCUUUCUAAAGGGAUUAAAUGAAAAUUUUACACACUCUAAGUCGCAAACCACGAUGAUGAAUCCCCUUCCAAACAUUGACAAAGCAUUUUCUCUUGUUAUUCAACAAGAACGAGAGAUGCAUAGUUCAGUAGCUGCUAUGAAUCCUACUACUACUAAUACUGAGGAAACUGUGGCAUUCCAAAUUCAAACCAACUCAAGAAGUUCUAAUGGAAAACCUAACUACUCAAAGAGCAAGACUCAAGGGUUUAAUAGUGCUCGAGGUCAUAAUCGUGUAUGCAGUCAUUGUGGAAGAACAAAUCAUACCGUGGAGACUUGUUUCAUGAAGCAUGGUUAUCCACUUGGAUUUAAAGGAAAGAGUAAAUUUCAGAGUGCUGGCAAUAGUGUUCAAUCCGCUGCUGCAGUUAACACUGCAUCUGAUACUUCUCCACAAGGCUCAGCAACAUCUUCUUUUGGAUUCACUCAGGAGAAGUAUAACAACAUCAUAAAAUUACUUCAACAGUCCAAACUUAGUCCUCAAGCCAAUUCUAUUUCCAUUUCCUCUUUUGCCAUGAACUCUCAUUCAACCACUCAGAAUGAAUCUUUCCAAGGCAAUGAUUGGUACAACUAGGUUGCAACGAGGACUGUAUGUUCUUGACUCUGCACCUCAACCUUCAGCUUAUAAUUCAAUUGCUAAUGAUACUUGUAAUCUUUGGCAUUAUAGAUUAGUGCACAU